GAAAUUCUUGAAAAUCAGUCGUCGUGCAGUUUGUUUACAUUCUGUAAGUCGACCUAGCCGUUCUUUUCGUUUUUCCCGUCGUGUUACACUAACGUCAGAGACACAAGAUGGGUAUAUCCCGUGAUACAUGGCAUAAACGCAGGAAGACCGGAGGCAAGCGCAAGCCUCUCCGCAAGAAGAGGAAGUAUGAAUUAGGUCGUCCAGCCGCCAAUACCAAGCUUGGAGCUCGCCGUGUACACAUUGUUCGUACCAGGGGAGGUAACAAGAAAUACAGAGCAUUAAGAUUAGAUCAAGGAAAUUUUUCAUGGGGUUCUGAAGGUAUUUCUGCUAAAACUCGUAUCAUUGAUGUUGUCUACAAUGCAUCAAACAAUGAGUUGGUCAGAACCAAAACUUUGGUUAAGAACGCUAUUGUAGUUAUUGAUGCGACACCAUUCCGUCAAUGGUAUGAAGGCCAUUAUGCCUUACCUAUUGGAAGAAGGAAGACUACGAAAUUAACUGAAGCGGAAGAUGCUAUUUUGAAUAAGAAGCGAUCAACAAAGGCUGAAGUUAAAUACAAGAAAAGGCAACGUUUUGCCAAAGUAGAACCUGCAAUUGAUGAACAGUUCCAAACUUCUCGUUUAUUAGGUAAGUACCAUCUAAUAUUACUAAUUUUAAGAACAAAAAAAUCAAACGCCAUGAUGAUUCUUAAGCUUUUAGUGGUGAUAUUGAAAUUUUUGGUAUAAAUCGUUUUGAUUAAU